AGCAGCAGCGCUGUCAUCCCCGCGACCCCUUCCCCUUCGCUCUCCUGGCGCAGCGGGAAUUGCCCUGCCGGACUGCAGCUACAGCGGAGCCGGCGGGCGGAGGAGGCGCUGCCCGGGGACCCUGCUGUGUCGCGGCCGUUACCGCCGCCUGAGGUGGGACAAUGAGCAAUGGCUGCAGAACUUUUGGAUGCAGAAGGCCACAUUCCUGGAUCAGUGUGCCAAGCUUGCAGCAACCCUCCAGCACAUGGACACCAGAAUGAAAGCUUCAUUGCCAGUGGAGAAGCAUGUGGUGUUUGUACUCUGGAAGCUUUCAACUGGUCAGUGGGAAAUAAUUUUGGAUUUGGAAAAUCCAUAAUGAGGACUGAUGUGCAAGUGUGUAAAUCCAUUAAUUGUAUCCUGCUACAUAGGACAGUGCCAUUCGACAAUGUGCAGGAAAUAGUGGAUGUAUAUGCAACAGGGGGGUUUCUGAACUGAUGGAAUGAUAGAUGGCAUACAUAUCCAUAUUUUGACACCAAUCCACCUUGUCACAGAGUACAUCAGCAGAAAGGGUUACUUUUCCAUGGUUAUACAACUGUUGGCAGAUCUCUGGGGAUGCUUCACUGAUAUGAAAAUUGGCUAGUCAGGGAAGGUGCAUGAUGCUCAUUUCUUUAAGAACAUGGGACUGUUCAGAAACCUGCUGGCUUUCCUGACCAAAGAAUUACCAUUGGCUAUACUGAAAUGCCCAUACUGAUUCUAGAGGACCCAGCCUACACUUUGCUUCCCUGGCUCAUGAAGCUAUAUACAUUGGCCACCUCAACAGCACCAAGGCAAGGUGCAGCUAACAGCUCAGCAGAUGCAGAAUGACUGUUGAAUGUGCUAUUGGCAGAUUGAAGAGACACUGGCAGUACUUGCCUUAGUCACUAGAUUGAUUCUCAGUGAGAAAAAUAUCCCAAUGGUUAUAGCUGCCUGUUUUGUCCUGCAUAUCUGUGAGGCAAAGGGAAAAAGCUGAUGCCAAAUAUAGGGUGAAGGUGGAGCGACUGUCUGCUGACUCUGAACAGCCAAACACAAGAAUUAUUACAAGAGCUCAACAUGGAGCUACGCAGUUGAGGGAGGCUUUGAAAGAGCACUUUAAUGGUCAGCCACAGUAGCGUUCUCUGGUGGACUGUUCUCUGUGCCUGGAGCUUUGGAUGUUGCUAAGAACUGCCAUAGCAACGCGGCAGACGCCGAGGAGGGGGCUCUGGGCUCCGCGGCCCGGCUCAUGGUCAGAGCCUGAGGCCGGGGCCGGCCGCCUGGUGGCGGGACGCGCAGCCCCGCGCCCAGCGGUACCUCCCUCUCCCGCUGCAGCCCGGCCGGGAUGGGCAGCGCCGCCGCGGCGGGGCCCCUGCCCGCCUUCCAGUUCCGGCCGCGGCACGGGAGCCCGGACUGGCGCCGGCUGAGCGCCGUGGACGUGGAGCGGGUGGCGGGCGAGCUGGACGUGGCGGCCCUGCAGGAGCACCUCGGCCACGUCACUUUCUGCAGCGCCGAGCGGCUCCUCUGCCCGCAUUGCCGGGGCCCCGCCGACCCGCUGCUGCUCAAGCUGGUGCGCCUGGCGCAGCUCUCCAUCGAGUACCUGCUGCACUGCCAGGAGCACCUGGGCGCCCAGCUGCAGGGCCGCGAGCAGGCGCUGCGGGCGGCGGACGCCCAGCUGGAGGAGGCGGGCAAGGAGGCGGCCCGGCGCGCCCAGGAGAUGAAGCUGCUGAAGGAGGAGUGCAGGCGGCGGAAGAAGAUGAUCAGCACCCAGCAGAUGAUGCUGGAGGCUAGAGCCAGCUAUCACCAGUGUCGGUUUUGUGAUAAGGCUUUUAUGAACUACUCCUUUCUACAAAGUCAUAUGCAACGGCGCCAUAAAGAAGAAUCUCACACUGCAGAACAAAAGAAGAAAGCACAGACAGAUAAAUUACAGGAUGAGAUUGAUAAAUUGAAGGAGCAGUUACAGCUCACCAAGUCCCUCCUAGAAGCUGAACAACAAGCUCACGUGGCCAGAUUUUCUAAGGAAUAUGAACAUCAAAGAUCAAAAGAAGAAGAAAUUCUGCAAUCUUUUCAUAAAUGGAAAGAGGAAGAAAAAGAGAAAUUGGCUGAUGAAAUAGAGAAAGUAAAAGAGAUGUUUAUGAAGGAGUUUAAAGAAUUAGCUACAAAGAAUACUGCAUUAGAAAAUCAAUUGUUAGAAUUACAGAAGUCCAAUAUUCAACUGAAAUCCAAUUUAGGCACUUUAAAAGACAGCCAUGAAUUUACAGACGAGAGACCUCAGAAUGAUCAGGAUUAUCAGAAUAUGAUGCAACUUCUUGAAAAACAGGAAAGUAAGUGGACUUCCAGAAUACAAGCCCUUCAUCAAGAACAUGAAAAGGAAAGGUGCCAGCUACUGUCACAGAUUGAGAAGCUUAAAUCAUCAAUGACAGAGGACCUAAAUGCAAGUAACAUCUUCUAUAAGAAAAGGAUAGAGGAGCUAGGGCAGAGGCUUCAGGAACAGAACGAGCUGAUUAUUUCUCAAAAACAGCAGAUAAAAGAAUUGUCCACAAAAUCACUAGUAAGCGUCAAACCACAUGAUGUGAAUGCUCCAGCACAGCAUGUUGUAGAACCUAAAUCAAGUCUACAAGACACACAUGAAAUAGAAAAAAACGAACACAAAAUAGGCAGAAGUAAGCAACAUUUAAUAAAUGCUUUGAAGACUAAUCCUUCAUUAACUAAAGAAUUACGAAUGGUUUUGGAGCAGACCCUGGUGGAGAAGUUGGAAUCCUUGGGAAUUAAAGCAGGUGUUCGUGGUAUCCCAAGUGACUACUUAAACAAAGUCUUAGUUUCUGUCGAAUCUGCUAGAGAAGAGAAAGAGAAACAAGUGCCUGACAUUCAACUAAUUCGAGAGCAUCUUGAACGCCAAGUCAGCUUCAGGAUUGAGGAGAGAUCUUCGUCUUGUAAUAGGCUUGUUUCCAGCUCUCGUCUUGCUUCAGAAGAUAAACAAAAGAUGGUUCAUAUGGCAACUUCCUUAUCAACAGUGCAGCCAAAACCAGCAAAGCGGACUUCUACAGUUGUAUGCCCAGUUGGACAAAGAAUGACUUCUGCUGAGAAUACAUCUACACCAAAACCCAGGAAGCGUGUUUUUCGAGAGGGGGUUUCCAGAAAAACAUCUAGUAUUGGCACUCCACCAUUCAGCUCAGAAGAGGAAGUGGAUGAUGAUGAUGAUAUUAUGCACUCUUAUAUAUCACCAGAAUUAUUGCAGCUAAAAGCAUCUAGCAACAGCAUGAAUAAUUGUGGGAUGGUUACAGGCAAAAGUGAUAUGGAUUGGACUGAAGAAAGUGAAAUGGAGGAGAUUGAAACACCUUCCAAGCCUUCAAAAGGUGCACUUAUCCAAAAACUGACUGAACAAGUUGAAAAUACUCUUUCUAGCCAUGGAAAUAAGAAUAAGCCAGCUGGAGGAAUUAAUGUCACACAGGCAUUUAUUAAAAAAGAAGAUGCACAAGAACUGAAGUUCACAGAAGUUGAUGAUGAUGACUGGGAUAUAUCAUCUGUAGAAGAAGAAAAUUGUUUAUUAGCAAAAGACGAGAGAGGGCGGAAGGGAACUGCAGUUCAAAAGAAUAAUGAAUCAAAUACUGCAUCAAUGGUACAUGCCUGGGGUGUUCCUAAGGCAAAUAUGCCUAAGGAGGAAGGAUUUCAUGAUGCUGAUACAACAAGCACCUUAAAAAGCAGUUUAGUCACUGUAACUGAUUGGAGUGACUCUUCAGAUAUAUAACUGUUCAAUUCAAAAUGGCAGACAUUUCCGUUAUAUCAUAAUACAGAGUUAAAGACCCUGUCUAAAAGAUUCUGACUCCUAUUCAUUUUUUUCAAUUGUACAUUAAUAACAAGGAAGAUUGUUUACAAAAUGCUUGUGUCUUUUAACCUUGAGCAGUUUACAAGGGGAUUUACACACAUGUAAUUAGCCCCUCAGUAUUUAGAAACUUGGGGUGAAAUCCUGGCCGAAUUGAAGUCAGUGGCAAAACUCCCACGAACUUCACUGGGGCCAGGAUUUCUCCCUGUUGUUUCUUUGUAAGACUGAAACCAGUUUCUAAAAAAGCCCAGAAGCAUUGACGUUUCCUGCAGAAUGUUACUUAUCAGUAUUUUUAAAGCCUUUUAAAAAAAUGUAUAAUAUUUUUUUAUAUUUUAUCCUGAAUUUUAUAUAAAAAUGUGAACAUUUUAAAUAAACUUUUUCUUUGUAUUAAAAUGUUAACAUUUCCCAGCAUGAUUUAAAGUAAGUGUCAGAGGCUGAAAAAUGGUAUAGUUUACAAAUUUGUUGGUGUAUGCCUUGAAACUUAAUACUGGGAAAGUGUUUCUGCUUUACUUAUUAGAAUAGGUUUUAAUGUGUAUUCAUAUAAAACUUCAAAUUAUAAAAAUAUAGCUAGACAACUUGAAUGGGAACAAGAAAGGUACAGAUGUGGUAUUGAACACUUAUUUGUAUUUUUUUUUGUUUUUGUUUUUAUAUUCAAUAAACUUUUUCCUUGCAGUUGCA